CGCCGGACACAUUUGGACGCCGCACGCGCCGUGUUUCCUGGUCUUGUGUUGAUGUUCAUCGAUGUAAUUUCUUUCAACGGUAGUUUUAAUCUUGACGUGUCUUUAUUGACCCCGAUUCACACGCUGCCGAUCUGUAAUUGGACAGACGUAGAAUACAUGUGAUCCUCCGAUUGAUUGUCUCUGUAAUCCCGCUGUUUGUGAUCUGUUGUUUUCUUUGGCAUGCUGUCAUCGUUGCCAGGCUAUCGUGACAGCUGGUGACUGAAGUUAAUACAGUUAUUCAUUGAUUUAUCUGAUCCAUGAUUAGACUUUAUUGAUUUCUGAGACUCGUGGCGACUAAGCAAUUUGCUGAGGGCACAGCAGUUUUGAUGCCCAUUGCUCCACCAUGGAGCACUCAGAUUUGAUCACGCACAAGAACGGGCGGCAGAGGAGGCUGGUGGGGACCACUGUCACAAACGAAAACGCGAGGGACAUGGGAGAGCACACCUCUGACCCAGAAGUGGAAGAGGAAGAAGAGGGUCUCAUCAGAGGGUCGGACACUGAGGACCGGAGGCACAGAGUCCGGCCUGGGAUCCGUGGAGAGUUGGGGAAUGUGUUGCUUCUUCUGUUCCUCUAUGUUCUGCAAGGGAUUCCUCUGGGACUUGCUGGAAGCAUUCCUCUAAUCUUACAAAGUAAGAGUGUCAGCUACAAAGACCAAGCCUUCUUCAGCUUUGUCUUCUGGCCGUUUAGUCUCAAGCUUCUUUGGGCACCACUGGUAGAUGCUCUCUACUUCAGCAGGUUUGGUAGAAGAAAGUCAUGGUUGGUGCCCACACAGUACCUGCUGGGCCUCUUCAUGCUGUACCUUUCUAUGACGGUCAAUUCACUGCUGCAGAGCGAGGGAGGACCGAAAGUUGUAACACUAACUGCCGUCUUCUUUAUGCUUGCCUUCUUGGCAGCCACACAGGACAUAGCCGUGGAUGGUUGGGCCCUGACUAUGUUAUCCCGAGAGAAUGUGGGCUAUGCUUCUACGUGCAACUCUGUGGGCCAGACUGCUGGUUACUUCCUGGGGAAUGUGCUCUUUCUGGCUCUGGAGUCUGCAGACUUCUGCAACAAGUACCUCAGAAUAGAGCCCAAAGACACAGGCAUAGUCACCUUGUCAGACUUCUUAUUCUUUUGGGGAAUGGUGUUCUUGGUUUCCACGACGUUGGUAGCCAUCAUAAAAAGCGAAAAUGAGCACGGCAAAGGAAAGAGGAGAGUCCAUGAGGAGACGCAGGGCGUCAUGGAAACCUAUAAGCUGCUGUUUUCCAUCAUCAAGAUGCCCACAGUCUUCACCUUUUGUGUCCUGCUUCUCACUGCUAAAGUAGGCUUCUCUGCAGCGGAUGCAGUGACAGGUCUGAAACUGGUGGAGGCUGGAGUCCCCAAGGAGCAGCUGGCAUUGCUGGCAGUGCCAAUGGUGCCUCUGCAGAUCUUACUACCUGUGAUCAUCAGUAAAUACACAGCAGGGCCCAGACCUCUGGAUGUCUUCUACAAGGCCUUCCCUUUUAGGUUGCUCAUCGGCCUGGAGUACGCUCUGCUGGUGUGGUGGACCCCCAGUGUGAGACAAGAAGAAGGGUUUCCUGUUUACUACUAUGCCAUAGUGCUGCUAAGCUACGCACUGCAUCAGGUGGCGUUGUACAGCAUGUACGUGGCCUGCAUGGCCUUCCAUGCCAAAGUGAGCGACCCCCUCAUCGGCGGCACCUACAUGACCCUGCUGAACACAGUCACUAACCUCGGUGGAAACUGGCCAUCCACGGUGGCCCUGUGGAUGGUGGAUCCGCUCACCUCUAAGGAGUGUCAGGGGGCAGUCGGGCAGAGCUGUGGCUCUCCAGAGGAGGCAGGGCUGUGCGUUAAGGAGGGCGGGGCUUGUGUGACAACACUGGACGGUUACUACGUGGAGUCUGUGGUGUGUGUUGUAAUUGGUUUAGCUUGGUGGGUGUGGUUGGGGAAGAAAAUGAGGCGGCUGCAGGAAGAGAGCCCUUCUGCAUGGAGAGCAUCAUGCAGAGCUAAUCAGUGAUGAUUCUCAUCAUCAGUACCACAGACUUCUUUCUUUUCCCGGCACCUCUGCAUACUCUGCUCCAACUGAGACUGAACUAUGGACAUGUUGUACCUCCACCCUCAUCCGUUCGGUUUAGUCCUGCUCUAGCUGCUACGUUCAGAAAACAUUCAUUCUCACACUUUGUCACCUCUGUCACCUUGAAGUACAUAAAUCCGAAGGUAAAAAAUCUUCUCAUUGUUUGUCGUGCUAACUGUAACAACCGGCCAGACUUCCUAAGUUUUUGUAGAAAAAUCUAAAUUGUUUUUUUUUUACUUUGUUUUUAGUUCUGAAACCAUAUUCUGCUGCUUGAAUCAGCCAAACCAAACCAUAGCUUGGUCAAAGAGUAUGUUCAGUGGUUUGUUUUAACCUGCUUGGAUGUUCAGAUUGUUGAGUUUCAGGAUAAGCUGCUCAUUUUUUGUCGUACUUCAGCAAAUAACUUUGAGCUUUAGUAAACUCUUGCGACUUGUUGACCUUCCUUUGGGCCAGUCACCAUUUAAUGUCUAUUAAAAGGAUACUUAAGGGAAAAGAGAGGCAAAGCACACAAAUGCACUCCUCCAAACUGACUGUAUGCACUUGUGUGGACGACUUUCUACUUUCCUAUUGCUGUUUAACUCAACUUCUGUUAAUCCAAGUGAGUUAAACUCAGCAAGAUCUUUCAUUGCUGUUUGACUAAGAUCUGAACCAAUGUUCUUUUUUUUUAAAUGAUUUGUUUUUCUUAGUAAUUUGUGCCUUGUUUAUUUUUAAUUUUUUCAAAGUCUGUAAAACAAUUCAAAGCCAACCUUGUAUGAGCUGUAGUUAAAUAAUGAAGGUGGGAAACAUUACAGUAACUUGAAGAUGAAGUUAAAUUGAUGAACGCUCAUUGUGUGACACUGUUUUCGGGAACAUACUGUCGUUUGGGUAAGUUAAACAAAACAUGACUUGCUUUGCUUUUCACUCGGUUUACAUUCCCGAUGAAGAUUUUAAUUUGCACAGUCGUUUAUGCAUAUAUACAGUAUAUCCAUAUAUAACCAAUAUCAUCAAUCAUUAACUGAACUGAGAUGUCUAAAAUAUUAAAUGCUUUUCUGUUGGAGCAAGCUUUAAUUUCCCCAAACUUUCCUCAAAUCUGAUCAUUACAGGACCAAUUCAGAUUUUUAAUAGCAAUAUUAGACAGUGCAGCUUUCCUCUUGGUUAUCAACAGGGCCUUGCUGAUACAUGAGUUUUGCUAUUUUUAAGUUGCAAGAAGAAACUAUUGUCUUUUCUUUUAUAUUUUCAACCAGGCCCUUAUAUAUGUCGCAGCAUUUUCCAGUUUUAUAGAUGCAUUAUUAUUGAGACACAUUGUAUGUGAAAGGCCAUUAUACUGUAUACUGACUAUCAAUGCAAGAGGUUAUUACAGGAGUCCUAAUUUAGACAGGUUUUGCAGUGUACAUCCCAUCUAAGUGGGACAUUAACACCAGCCUGAAAACAUGCAUUGAUUAUUCCCCCGAAAACAAUUCAGAUCCCAGACCAGCAGCCUCGGUGAGAAACUUGACAAGCAAAUGUCCUGCUUAUGUUUUACAUAUUGUACGUGGAACUGAAUGUUACAGUAUUUUCUCUAAAGCCAGCACUGAAAAUCCAACUACUCUGUCAAAUGUAAAUGUUUGAAGCACACGAUCAGGGUUUAUGUAGGGAUGGGACAAGAUGAGUCAUUUCAGCGUUGCUUGUGAUUUUAAAAGUCAGUUUUGGAUUACUAUAUUGAUUCCUCUGAACUUACACACACUUAUACACUCUGUCAGUUUCGUUAACUUCAUACAUUGCUGUGAUGGUCAUUUUUUCACGAGAGCCUAUUUACCAUUAACAAGGUUACGUUUGUUGUUUUGAUUUUCUUUGACAUUAUUAGAUAGACUGUGUUCAUUUCAGCAGCUUGUGAAUUCAUUUUUCAUAUUUUUGGUUUUAAAUCUGUUACUGUCGUCUGCUAAACUGGCUUUCAGGUGAUGGUGAACUUCUGUUAUUUCAGCAUCUCACAAUGUUACCUCAUCACCCUUUAAUUGAAACCAUUUUUUAAUUUUGAAAAAAAAAGUGAUUUUUUUUUUAAUUUACUGCACAACUUUUGUUUAAAAUGAGUCCAAAUCCCCAAUCAUACAAAAGAGAAGAAUGACACAGGGUAAUGGUACAGUGAGACAUGAAUAUGCUCGCAGCAGUGCUCUGUAAUGUUCUGAUGAGGGUGAACAUCAUGAUCUUUGACAUUCAUAAGAUGUUGAUGAGAUUUAAAACAAAUCUUAUAUAUAAAUAAAAAAAUGCACACCC